UCCAGCUGUGAUUCACUUAUGAUCAUGGAGGGACCGGGAGGCUGACGGAUCUCGGUCUGGACUGUGACCUCUUCAUCAUUCUCUCCACAACAUGCGGGGCAAGGGGAACUGGACCCCGGGCUUCGGCGCCUCGGAGCGGGGCAAACCGGCCACCUACUCCGGGGAGCAGAAAGCGAAGCAGGUGGCCAAAGCCAACAAGAAGUGGGUGAGACUGGCCACCGUGGUGGUGUACGUGGUGGCCGUGUCCCUGGCCGCCGUCAUCCUGGCUGUCUACUACAGCCUCAUCUGGAAGCCAACAACUGGAUCCGGACCGGCCCGCGCCAGGACCCGAACCGGGAUUAAUCUGACUGAUAAUGAUGCAGGUCAUGGAUCUGCAAAAAACCCUCACAAUGAGACUAAAUGUCGGAUCGAUCUCUGUAACUGUUUGACCGUAAAUAACGUCAGUGGUGACAAAUCUAUUGAUAAAGAAACCGUUGAUCUUCACGUGACCCCGACAGAUGGGACCGACAGCCAGGUCUCCGCCUCCGGACCCCCGGAGCCUCCGGUGACCGGGCAGGGCUUCACCUCCCCGUCUCCGAGCACCGAGGAGGCGCCCGCUGGCACCGCGGAGGAUCCGUCCAACCUGCCGACGCACCGGGCCGAGAUAGGCCGGGACCCGGCGGCUGAGUGGACGGAGACGGACUACUCCGGAUCCGGAACCGAGGAGUAAUUUUUACCGAUUUUACCGGAUUUUACGCUUAAUAAUUCAGUUAUAAAUCUUUCUUAAAAGCAGAUAAAAGUUUAAACUAAUAUUUAAGUAGUUUUAUAAAUUAGCCACUGAUUUAAAUAAAGUUUUCAUAUUUCUGAUGAAAAAGAGGAGGCAGAAGAAGCUGUUGCAUGUUCAGUUAUGAGCUUCUCAGAUGUCUUAAUUAUGAAUUUCCUUACAAUUACAAAUAGCUGAUUUUCAUCCGAUAAUAACUAGGUCUACAUUAAUUUAAGAACAAGUCUGUAAAAUCACACGAACACUCAUCAGUCUAUAAGUUUAAUUUAUUUCUAGCUUUUUUUAAAAUGCCAACAUAUAAAAAAAGUAACAGUAUAUCUUCUGUGUAAAGAAUAAAUAAAACCUACAUAUUAACUCUGGAUUUCUGAGAGAAAACCGAUGGAAGACUACAGGACCUGUACCUACCUGAGGCUUCUUUCUGUAAACUACAUUUUAAAAAUCCAGGAUGCUUACAUUUCUACAACGCUGGUGGUCAUCCUGCAGGAGCUGAAACAUAUUGGAUGGUUUUCCUUCCUUUAAUCCAUCUUUAUUUGCUCCACAAUGACACCUGGGUCUUUUUUCUCCUGUAACCCCCAAAAAUCCGACACUGAUGACUGAAUCUGUUUGGUGGGAGAAAGUCUUCCUCCACCAUAUGUUCCAACUUUAACACGCCUUUUACACAAGCAGAAACAUACAGAUGUGUAACUUGUUGCACUCAUAUGGUUCAGGCAUUAGAUCCUUUAUGGAAAGUGACAUUAUAGUCAUCUUUAAGAGGAAUUAAUAAUGCGGCUUAAUUCUGCGAUAAAUUGUGAAAUCAAAUAAUCCUGCAUCCCUACUGUUCAGUGUCUGAAGAUGGACUCCUGUGUGGGGGCGCCCAACCCUCCCUCCAGACUGAAACAUCAGAACAGGACAUGGGACUAUUUAUUUAUUUAUUUUGUAGUUUUCAAUCCUCUUCUCAGGAAAAUGAUGCUUAAUACUGAUUUAACCAUGCUAGCGCUGCAGUGUCCGGCUGUCCACGUCAUGAGGAGGUCAUGUGACUGAUCUAUUUAAGGAUGUGGUUCUGGAUCAGAGGGUCUGGAGUCUCCUGUUCCUCAUGUUAAAGAUGUUUUUCUGUCAUAGGCUUUAACUUCAGCUGUGUUUUUGUCAGUUUUGUGGUCCUGGUGUCGAACUGAAGGACAUUUUCUCAGCUUGUUUGUCUUGACUUAUAAAAUUUGGAAAAUGUGAUUAAAUUAAAACUGUCUGGUUCUACUGACUUUACUAAAUAAAUUCUAUUUUUAUGAUCUCA